UCGAGAUUCAGUUCGGGCAGCGCUCGACUAUCGCUGAGUCGCGCGCGCAACGCUUGGAAAAAUAAAAGCAACGCGUCGUCAACAAAACAGAGUCCGCCUACUCUUGUUGCGUUUGUUGUUUUUUUUUUCGAAUCUUCUUCAGAGUUCAGAGUUCUAGCCAGUUUAAAAUCGAUUCUUCGCAAAACGUUUUCGCAGAUUUUUGACUGAUUUAAGAGAAACAGUGUAAUACGGUGGUGAAUUUUUGACUUUUUCUUCUCGCGUUUUAAAGUUGAAUGAUCUCCGUGCUGCUGUUGCGUCCGAUAGACGAAGGAAUUUUUGACAGUUUGGCUUGGAUUAUUAAUAGUGGUGGCCUUUUUUAAUUGAUUCUAUAGAAAAAGGAAGAAAAUUAUUGUCCCAGAUAAUUUGCAUUUAAGAACAAAUUUCUUCAUGCCAGAGGUGCCAGGAAUAAAAUGAAGUUUCCCAAGAUAUCCUCUUGAUGUAAACCUAAAAAUUUAUUAAACAACCUAGCUACCUAUUGUGAUUCAAUAAAUACAUACAAAAAAAUGUAAAUAUCUGGUUAGUGAGUGUUAUCUCUGAAGAAAAUGGCUCUUAAGUUAAGGAAGGAUAUCAAAAAGUCGUCGUACUAUGUUUGGUUUCUUGGAGCGAAGGAAUCAAAAGGACUAAGAGGAUCCGAGUACAUUAUACCGGUUGUCAAACAUUUAGAAGAGAGAGAAAAAGACGUGGAACCUUUCAAAGUUACUCUGCAAGUUUCACACAAAGGGCUCAAAAUUGUACAGAACGUGGUGUCGCAAGGUGCGAAGAACUCUAAACCGAAAAACGAGACAAUUAAACACUUCAUCCCCCACAAUACCAUCACCUACGUGUACCAACACGAGGACAUCAUAGCCUGCAUCCUGUUAUUAUUCAAUCCGGUGACCAAGUGUCCGCUGCACGUCCACGCUUACAGAUGUGAUUCAUUAGAAACAGCAUCCCACUUGAAGCAACAGCUUCAGAUCUUGAUAGAAAGGCCGGAAAAUCAGAAGAAGAUUGCCGAAAUAGAAAAUAGACUAAAGCCUGUUGAGAAAACUAAGAAAUUGGAAAGUAGUAUAGGUAGUGAUACAGGAACUUCAACCAGAGAAUCAGAAAGCAGUGAAGAAAGGUAUGCUCUGGAAAACUCUAGAAUAUCGACUCUAUACGAUUCAGUAGCGGCUGAGUUGAGGGAAAAACUGGGUAAAAAGAAUUCGCCGAUAUUGUUACCUCCUAGAGACUACGACACUGUACAUAGACAAAAAGGCAAUCUGACAGGAAUCGAGUUAAGGAGAUGUUUGAACGCGAACAUCGUAGGACAAAAUGUGAAAAAUAAAAGGCUAGAAUCAUCAGGAGGCAGUUCGGGGAUUGGUUCGGAUCAUCCCCCAAGUCCAGAGAGUCCAGACACUCCAGAUUCCAGGUUUCACACACUGGAAACCCACCACAGUACUAGCGAAGAUGAAGACUGGAGCGGCGAUCCUGCAGAUUCAUCAAUUUAUUUGAUGCAGGACACUCAACAUAUGACUUUACCAAGACCUUUCAGGAAUCAGGAAAGCUUCAGAGAAAGUUCUAGAGAAAAUAUCAGCAGGGAAAAAUCUCCAGAAAUAGAUCAACGCUACUCGAGGUAUACCCAUGACGAGCUCAAAUUCUCCAAAUCUUUAGACGAAGACUACAGAAAAUCGAAUAAUAAAAUAAAAUAUUUAGAGAAACCAAUUUCAAAGUUUAGUGAUAACAAGUAUUUACUUAAACAGAAAUCUUCAGUUAGGGAACGUGAAGUCAAAGACGAUUAUAGAGAAAAUGAACGGGAAAUUGCCAAAGAAAAUUUCCGGAAAUCGUUAGAAAAGGAACUGUUAAAUAGGAAUGGAAAUAAGUACUUGGAAAAGUCUAUUAUUUCUUCAGAGAGAUAUUUUGGAGAAGAGGAGAAGAAAGAUACGUACUAUUACAAUGAGAGAGAAAGAAACGGGAGAUAUAGUGAAGAUAGAAAGAAGAGUGAGAAAGAGAAAUAUUUCGAAGAUGAUGGGUUUGAUGAAAAUAUUAGAUCUAGAAAUAACUCGUCUGAUUUUGACAAAGAACGUCCAACUCGUACCUUCUCCUACGAAGAAGAGGUAUUUUUCGAGGACCAAAAGCCAUACAAGGAAUACCCAGUGCCGAAAACCAGGCAAAAGUUCCUCGAUAAGGAAGAUUCCGGGAAAUCUUAUAGAGAUAACAAAGAAAGCAGAGAAAUUCGAGCUAAAGUAAAUUCAAACGAUUCGAGAUAUUACGAAUCAAAAUCCCUUCAACGUAACAGAGACUACGAACGAGACUAUAACAAUGACAGCAAACAAGGAUAUCGCUACGAAGCAAAACCAGAAUACUUCGAAAAUUCGACGAAUUCAAUAAACCGAAGACAACCUCAAUUUCGACAAAGAUCUCCUCCAGAUGAAGAAAUCAAGGUUCCAUUGCAGGCACCCAAAGACCGGUUCAUGGAUGCCAAGGAGAAGUUUUUGCUCAUGGAAAAGGAAAGGCUGGAACAAGAACGCAGACGUCCCGAACCGCCAAUUUCACCAACCAUCCAGAAGGAUAAGAUUCAUUUUAUUAAGAGGCAUCAGAGCAUGGCUUAUACGUCCAAAGAUCAUCUUAGGAACAAUUACGAAGAUAGAUUUUCGAACGAAAGACGAGAUUUUUCUGAGGAUAUUUCUCCAAAACCUGCACCAAGACAAGUGUCUGAAGAGGUGCGCUACAGGAACCACAGAGAUAAAGAUGUGGAUCGAUACAGAAAUACAGAUAAGUAUGAUCCAAAGCGAAGGUCUAUGUUUUCUUUGAUCGAAGAAGAACAUAAGAAGAAUUCCAACGAGAUAGCGAAAGAACUAAAAAGGCGAUCAUACAUGGACGUCGGCCAUCACGCUUUAGAAGAUCAGAAAGAAAGCUUCAGAAGAUCAGAAGAACGAGAAGUCAGAAGCAGCAGGCAUUAUCAGGAUCUUCCAGAAGCAGAGCGAUACGGCUCAUCUUUAGUUGAUAAUUUCUCCAAAUCGACACACAACCUAGACAAAAUGUCCGAUAGCAAGUACGACCAGAAAUUCAUAAAGAAUCCUCAGAAAAUGAUGAAAUCUGUCCCUGGAUACAGACACAGCUAUGCAGAGCCCAAAAUCAGAAUAGAACCACGAAAGAAGAAUGUUUCUGAUAUGCUGCAUAGAACUAAUAGUAGCGUAGGGUAUAUGCAACCUAGGGUAGGCAUUGCUAGUAUCCACCCAUAUUAGAUUAUCUGCCAACUGAAAUGCAGCGAGACGUUAUUAUUUUAAAAACAUUUUAUAAAGAGUGACAGAAAAUAAUAAAGAG